GGAGGCCCCAGGCCAGGCUCGGGCCUGCGGAGCGGGAGGGCCGGUUGGGGGGGAGCCAGGAAUCCAGAGGGAGACGCACAGACAGGCGAGAGCAAGGACCAGGGGACCGAGACCCCGGCCGGCGCGGAGGCGGGACGGGAGUGCGUUGGCGGGAGGGCGGGAGGGCCGGAGGGGCGGGGCCGGAGGGCCGGGCGGGGCGCCGGGCCGGGCGUGCUCGCAGUUGCAGCGGCGGCCGCGGGCGAGCGGACCGCGAGGUGAGGAAACCAGGACUCAAAGACGGCAGCCACUUGCCUUGGGCCACAAAGGAGGCAGAGCCAGGACUUAAACCCAGAUCCGGAGACGACGGGAACAUGGCUACCUGGAACGAAAAGACAGUCACCCGCAGGGCCAAGGUGGCUCCUGCUGAGAGGAUGAGCAAGUUCCUGAAGCACUUCACCGUUGUCGGCGAUGACUACCAUACCUGGAACAUCAACUACAAGAAAUGGGAGAAUGAAGAGGAGGAAGAGGAAGAGGAGGAGCAGCCGCCACAAAACCCCAACUCGGCCGAGGAGGGCAGAGCUGCUAAUCCGAGCACAGCCCCCGCCGCCCCGCCCAAGCGCCCCCUGGACUUCAGGACCACGUUGAGGAAGCUCUUCAGCUCCCACAGGUUUCAGGUCAUCAUCAUUUGCCUGGUUGUGCUGGACGCCCUCCUGGUGCUGGCCGAGCUCAUCCUGGACCUGAAGAUCAUCCAGCCCGACAAGAAUAACUAUGCCGCCAGGGUGUUCCACUACCUGAGCAUAGCCAUCCUGACCUUCUUUAUGGUGGAGAUUGCCCUCAAAUUGUUUGUUUUCCGCUUGGAGUUCUUCCACCACAAGUUUGAAAUCCUGGACACCAUCGUCGUCGUGAUUUCGUUCAUCCUGGACAUCGUCCUCCUGUUCCAGGAGCACGAGUUCGAGGCUCUGGGCCUGCUCAUCCUGCUCCGGCUGUGGCGCGUGGCCCGGAUCAUCAACGGGAUAAUCAUCUCGGUUAAGACACGUUCCGAACGGCAAAUGUUAAGGUUAAGACAGAUGAACAUACAACUGGCUGCCAAGAUCCAACACCUGGAGUUCAGCUGCUCCGAGAAGGAACAGGAGAUCGAAAGGCUUAACAAGCUGCUGAAACAGCACGGACUGCUCGGCGGCGAGGUGAACUAGAGGCGCACGGGCCCCGCUCCGCCCCACGGGCUCGCGCUGUGGACCGGACAGCGGCCACCCUGCCCUAGGGCCGUCCGCAGGGCAGGCCUGGUCUGCCGCCGUUGCCGCCUCCCUCCCAGCUUGGACUCUGGAGGGACACGGUCUUCCGGAGGGCGCUCUCUCUUCCUUGCUGUGGCCGAGAGCGUCCUUCCCCACUCCCACCCGCACUGUGUCACAAACGCGUCAUAGGCUGUUUUCUCACUUGAACUUUACUCCUGCUUGGAAAUGUACACCGGAGCUGGACAGUCGCUGGGCGCAUGUGCAGUUUCAUCUCGUCGAGUGUACGGCUUCCACAGCUCGCACGGGCACCGAGGCAUCCUUUGCUGGUGGGAGCACUCUGGAAAACGAAAGGAGAAAAGGAAGCCGUCUCCGCUACCAGCCCAUUCUAGAAAAGCCUUUUCUAUUCCUCAGCUGUUCUGAACGGCCCGUCUUGCGGCGGCUCCCCCAGGGAGACCGUUCUCAGACACCCGGCCCCCUCCUCCACGCCCUCCAGCUGCAGCCUCCGGCUUCCAGGUGGCUCCACCAAAUUCGGCCGCCUGACAACAUUUUUCUCAAUUACUGUACGAUUAAUGUAUAAAAUCAACUCUCCUCCCGCCCCGGGGCCCUCCUACUAUAUUCUUUCCAGCUUCAACUGCUUGGAGCUGCUCUGGGGCGCCCCACACCAGCCCACCAGCUGGAGAGCCUGGUACAGGGAUGGCAAUUGGACCCGAGACUCCACUGUAAUUAAUGUGACAUUUCGGGGAAGAUCCCCUUUGGGGGCCUUGUACUAUUCGACUUGCAUAAGGCGUUUACACAGUAUUUCACUAUUUUUAGUACUCAUCAUUUCAGUGGGACCCGGCGAGGAAAGAACCCCUGCACC